AUGACCACCUCAACAGGUUUGCUACUGCUGCUUCUGCUCCUGGGCCAGUCCUGGGCAGGGGCUGCUGCUGAUUCAGAGGCUGUCGUGUGCCAGGGGACUGCCUGCUAUACUGCCCACUGGGGCAAGGUGAGCUUCACUGAAGCCCAGAGUAGCUGCCAUGAGAAUGGAGGCAAUCUAGCCACUGUAAAGAGCGAGGAGGAGGCCCGGUAUGUCCAGCAGGCUCUGGCUCAGCUCUUGAAGACCAAGGAACCGUUGGAAGCCAAGAUGCGCAAAUUCUGGAUCGGGCUCCAGCGAGAGAAGGGCAAGUGUACGUACUAUGAUUUGCCAUUGAAGGGCUUCAGCUGGGUGGGUGGUGGAGAGGACACAGCUUAUUCAAACUGGUACAAAGAGGGCAAGAGGUCCUGUACCUCUAACCGCUGUGUGUCCCUGAUACUGGACCUGCCCUUGCCACCUCACCCCAGCCAACUCCCCAGGUGGUAUGAGACCAGCUGUGGGACCCCUGAUGGCAACAGCAUUGAAGGUUUCCUGUGCAAAUUCAACUUCAAAGGCAUGUGCAGUCCCCUCGCCCUGGGUGGUCCAGGGCAAGUGACCUAUACCACCCCUUUCCAGGCCACCACCUCCUCCCUGGAGGCUGUGCCUUUUGCCUCUGCAGCCAAUGUAGUCUGUGGGGAUGAGGCUGAGAGUAAGACCUACUAUUUCCUGUGCAAGGAAAAGACUGCAGGUGUAUUCCAUUGGGGCAGUUCAGGCCCCCUCUGCAUCAGUCCCAAGUUGGGCUGCAGUUUCAACAAUGGGGGCUGCCAGCAGGACUGCUUCGAAGGUGGGGAUGGCUCCUUCCGCUGUGGCUGCCGGCCUGGAUUCCGGCUGCUGGAUGACCUAGUAACUUGUGCUUCUCGGAACCCCUGUAGCUCCAACCCAUGCACGGGAGGGGGCACAUGUCAUCCUGUACCCCUCAGUGAAAACUACACGUGCCAGUGUCCCAAAGGCUACCAGCUGGACUCUAGCCAAGUGCACUGUGUGGAUAUAGAUGAGUGCCAGGAAUCCCCCUGUGCCCAGGAAUGUAUCAACACUCCUGGAAGCUUCCGGUGUGAAUGCUGGGUGGGCUACCAAUCCAGUGGCCCCAAAGAGGCCACAUCCUGUGAGGAUGUGGAUGAAUGUGCCCACUCACCCUGUGCCCAUCGCUGCAUCAACACUGAUGGUUCUUUCUACUGCGACUGUAAAGAUGGCUAUGCCUUGUCUGGGGAAGACAGUACCCAAUGUGAGGAUAUAGAUGAGUGUUCGGAUUCCAGGGGCAGUCCAUGUGACACCCGGUGCGUCAACUCAGAGGGUUCCUUCACCUGUGGCUGCCAGUCAGGCUGGGAGCUGGCUCCCAAUGGGGUCUCUUGUAUCAAGGGCUCCGUGUCUUUAGAACCAUCAACCAGCUCUCCCCAAAAGGAAGGCAAAGGUGACAGAAAGGGGAAUACUGUGCCUCCUACUGAUAUGCCCAGUUCUUCCAGAGGCUCUGAGAAUGUCUCCAAGGGAGGAUAUCCCACAGGGCGGCCCUCCCUCGGAUCGGAUACCCCCUCUGCCUCUGUUCCACCAGAAAUACCAGUCCCUAGUGAGGCAUCCGAUGUCUGGAUGGAGUUGGAUACACACCUCCCCAUGACCACUGGCUACAGCAAGCCCACACAUGAAGAUUCUGUUGCAGCACACAGUGACAGCGACACCGAUGGGCAGAAGCUGCUUCUGUUCUACAUCCUGGGCACCGUGGUGGCCAUCUCACUUUUGCUGGCUCUGGCCUUGGGGCUUCUCAUUUAUCGUAAACGGAGAGCAAAGAAGGAGGAGAUAAAAGAGAAGAAGCCCCAGAAUGCUGCUGACAGCUAUUCCUGGGUUCCAGAGCGAGCAGAGAGCCGAGCCCUGGAGAACCAGUACAGCCCAACACCUGGGACGGACUGCUGA